ACGUUCGAAACAAACGAGGACGCUUCGCGAGCCGGUGUUUGUGAAAUUUAUAUUUUGUGAUUUUAAAGUGAUUUAAAGUGUUUCAGAGAAGAAAAUGGACCAAAUAAAGCAGUUGAAGAAGAGUGGGCUCUUAAGGAAGCGAGCACUGGCAAGGAUGGGUGGAAUGAAGAAGAAAUGGGUGGCUGAAAAUCAACCCGGUCCGAGUACGAGUAUGGAAGUGCAAGUUUCAGGUCCGGAAGCUGUGGUUGAUGGCGUUGCUGAGGAGUGCCUGAUGGAUUUCCCGUUGUCGGAGGAGGAGGAUGUACUCAUUUUAUCCGAUGAUGAAGAUGAGGAUGAAAUAAUCGAAUACAUCGAGAACGAGAGCGAAGAGGAUGAUAAAGAUGAAGAAGAUCAUCUACUGAAUGAGAAAAAUAAUAGUCCAGCUCAACAUCUGAUGGCCAAGCGGUUGAGAGUUUGGGCUUUAUCUCAAAAGCUACCUAAUUUAGUAUUGAAUGAUCUUCUUCGCUUGGUUCGCGAAACAACGGACAUUCCUCUUCCUCUCGAUUCUAGAACGCUCCUUAAGACACCGGUUGCUGUGGGCAAGGAAACAUACGCGGUAGCUGGCGGUGAAAUGUGGUAUCAUGGCAUUGCGAAAAGUAUGCAAAGUUGUUUCCGGAAUCUGACUCCUACGGUGAACGAAAUAUUAAUAAACAUAUUCGUAGAUGGGCUACCGUUAUUUAACAGUGGGCCAAAACAGCUAUGGUCCAUAUUGGUGAAGCUUGUAAACGUCCCAGAAGCUCCCAUAUUGGUGGUUGGCGUGUUUUGUGGCUUAUUCAAACCGGAAAAUGUCGAGGACUACUUGCGCCCACUCGUUGAUGAAUUGAAUCGCCUACACGAUGACGGAAUUGUUAUCAACAACAAAAAAAUAAAAAUCACCCUUAAAGCUUUCCUGGCAGAUUCUCCAGCACGAGCAUUCAUCAAAGGUGUAACAUACUUCAACGGCGCUUGCGGUUGCAUAAAGUGCAAAAUCGUAGGAAAAUUUGACAAGAGCGCACGGAAGAUAUUUGAAAGCGUUGCUGAGGAGAGGAUCGACGAUGAUUUUCGCGAUGGAAACUACCCAAUAGGACACCAGAAGCACCAUACUCCGUUAUUAGACUUAAAAGAAUUUAAUAUAGUAGUUCAGAUGUCAAUUGCAGACGAUCUACACUUGUUUCAUCUAGGGGCAUUGAAGAAAUUGCUUAAGGGUUAUUAUAAAGGAGGUUAUAAAGGGUUUUCAGCAUGGUCAGCAGCAGAGCAGGAAGAGAUAAACAAGAUUUUAGCUAGAAUAGAAUUGCCAGCAGAGAUACAUCGAGGUGUUAGGUCUUUAAAAUAUGUGGAUUAUUGGAAGGGGACCGAAUUCCGGUCUUUUUUAAAUCAUAUAAGUAUCCCUUUGUUCUUAGGAAGAAUCCACGAUUCAGCGUAUGAUCAUUUUAAACUUAUUUAUGUAGCUCAUACUUUCCUUUCGCAUUCUUUCUUCAAACAAUAUUGGACAUACGCUGGUCAAUUAUUAGAAAAAUUUGUUUUAGACUACAGUUCAAUAUACACCAAAUAUAAUUUAACUAGUAAUGUCCAUAACCUUUUACACGUCACAAAAGAUGUUCAAAAUUUAGGUCCCCUUCCAGAAAUUUCAACAUAUGAUUGUGAGAAUACGCUGCAGUUUAUAAAAAGGCUAGCUAGACCAGGACCGAGAAUAUUAAAUCAAAUAGUUUGCAGGCUUGCUGAGCUUAGGGAAACACAAGUAGCAGUUAGAAAGGAGGAAAAACAGUAUCCCAUUUUCAAAUGCAGAGGAGAGGAAGUCAUUUUAUUCGUUAAGGAAGGUUUAAUGCUAAGGAAAGGUAAUAGGAAUGGAUGGUUUUUGACGAUGGAUAGGGAGAUCAUCAGGUAUAGUGCAGCAUUAGAAGAAUCUGGAAAGGUUUACAUAAUAGGACAUUAAUUAAAGAAGAAGAAAGUCAGCUUUAGUACUCCGUGUAGUUCAGAUAUCAUAUUUAAUUACGAAGGUGAAAUAGCAGAUUUAUCAAAAGAAUUAGGUAGGGUUCCUAUAGAUAGUGUGAUGUGUAAGCUUGUAGCAAUUUCAUUAGAUGAGGGAAUAGGGUAUCAUUUCAGUCCAUUACUACAUACUUUAGCUGAAUAGGUUAGAUAGGGUUUCAUUAAGAUAGAUUAAGACGUUUUAAUUGUUCCAUGCAAGGCAGCAAUGCUUCGACAAUUUUCCUUUUUUUUCUUUUUCAGCUGGCUAGCAAAUGCUUUGACGCUUUUAUGCAUCUUUGAACUCCUAUCCCAACCUCCACGUGGUGCUAGCAGGAUUAUAUUUAUUGCAGAAUUUGUUACAUUAAUUCUGAAAUUUUUAUAAACUAAUAGGAAAGGGGGCUUUUAAAACUGUUAAUAUAAAGGACUAAUAAACGAUGAUUAGAA